GCACACGUGUAUUAUCUUCGCGAUGUGGUUGAUAGGAAAGAACCUUAAAUUUCUCGGCGCCCACCGUUCAAUCUCCGCAUCCCGGCCAAUCAACACGCACCUUCCCCAUUCGUCAAGGUCUAAGCCGUCUUCGUCUAGCGCUCUCGGUGUUGUGGCGCGUGCAUCCGCCCAAUGAGUAGAAUAAGCAACAGUCGCGCCUCCGAUAUCCACGUCGCAUCCUGGAGUGGUGAGCCAAAACGAACUAUGGACGGUCGACAGGCCAGGAACAGGGCAAGCGUAGUGACACCGAAUGGUGUGGAUGAAGAUGGGGUAUCUAGGCAAGACUCUGGGCAUCGUCAUGAGAGGACCUUGUAUAAGAGCUCGCAGAUCCGCGUGUAAUUGAUCGAUAGACGGUAGAGAUUUAUCUUCGCUCUCGACUUUCGUUACAUCACGACUUGCAAUGGCGACGCUCUUUUGUCUCCUCGCCUCCGCGGCUUUUGCCUCAGCAACCACCAUCGCCGAGAUCAACGGGCCCAAGUUUUUGUCUCCUCUCAGCGGCCAAAAUGUGACCAGCGUAACUGGUGUCAUUACCGCGAAGGGUCCCAAUGGGCUAUGGAUCCGCUCCACGACGCCCGACCGUGAUGCGCGCACUUCAGAGUCUCUGUACGUCUUCGGUCGUACGUUCGGCGCGAACUUGACUGUUGGCGACGCGAUCUCCGUGGGCGGAAGGGUAGUCGAGUACCGGUCGUCCAAGGACUAUCUCUACUUGACCGAGCUCUCAAAUCCAGUGUUGGAAAAUAAGAUUAGCGGUGGGAACAAAGUGACGCCGCUGGUCAUUGGGAAGGAUACAUCAAGCCCGCCAACCGAGCAGUUCAGCAGCCUUGACGGCGGAGAUGUUUUCGCGGUACCGAACAACCAGUCGCUAGUCAGUGUUGCGAAUCCAGCGUUGGAGCCUAAGAAGUAUGGAAUGGACUUCUGGGAGAGCUUGUGCGGCGAGCUGGUCACUGUAAAGAAGCCUACAGCGCUCACAAAGCCGAAUACGUAUGGCGAUACGUGGAUUGCUGGAGACUGGAAGGUCACUGGUCACAACGACCACGAUGGACUGACCAUGACCGAGAAAGACGCGAACCCGGAGGCCAUCCAAGUCGGUACUCCUCUCGACGGUACCAAGAACCCCACCAACACUCGCAUGGGUGACGACCUUGCCGAGAUUACCGGCAUCGUCACAUACGCAUUCGGUUUCUAUCAGAUCCUGCCCACGACCGCCAUCAAGGUCACUAGUGUCCAGAAGCCCGCGUUGCCCAACCCAACCAAGCUCGAAUCAAACGGCAAGUGCGACGGGGUCACUUUUGGCGCGUACAACGUCGAAAACCUGGCACCCACCUCUGCUCACCUGCCUUCCAUUGCCAGCCACAUUGUGAACUAUAUGAACAGCCCGGACCUGAUCUUCGUACAAGAAAUUCAGGAUAACAAUGGCCCCACAAAUGAUGCGGUUGUGUCCGCCAAUUUGACCCUGAGCACCCUUACCGCUGCCAUCUCCGCUGCCGGAGGACCCAACUACACCUUCACUGACAUCGCGCCCGUUGAUGACCAGGAUGGCGGCCAGCCGGGUGGAAACAUCCGAACAGCUUACCUGUACAAGCCUUCUCUCAUCCGCCUCUUCAAGCCCAACCCAGGAAGCUCCACCGACGCGACAUCAGUCGUUGCUGGACCUGCUCUGAGCCUUAACCCCGGUCGUAUCGACCCUGCGAACGCAGCUUGGAGGGCUAGCCGCAAGGCGCUCGUCGCACAAUGGCAGGUGAUUGGCAAGAAGAACACGCUUGACACUUUCUUCACUGUCAACGUGCAUUUCGGAUCGAAGGGUGGUAGCAGUUCGAUCGAGGGCGACGCGCGCCCUCCUGUGAACGGUGGCGUGGAGGACAGACUCGCACAGGCGACACUAACGGCCAACUUCAUCAAGGACAUUCUGGCGCAAGACAAGAACGCCAAGGUCAUCACGGCGGGCGACUUCAACGAGUUCACCUUCGUGAACCCGCUCACACAGUUCCAGUCCAUCUCCGGGCUGAAAGAUAUGGACGCCGCGGCUGGCAUCGAGAAGAAGGAGCGAUACACCUACCUGUUCGACAUGAGCGCACAGGAGCUCGAUCACAUGUUUGUGUCGGAUGCGAUCGCGAAACGAUCUCCCAAGUACGAACACAUCCACAUCAACUCGUGGGUGGAGUACAGCGCGCAGAUCAGCGACCACGAUCCGUCGGUAGCACGUAUGAAUGUUUGUGCGUAAAGAGAGUGUAGAGAGUGUAGGGACGAUGCGUAGAAAUGACGACAUAUUGAUGAAUUGAAGCAAAUAAAGAAAGGAUGA